ACUAGAACUUAGUGGAUUGGAAGCGGUUUGUGCUUUGUGUGCUUUCCAUUUCCGGAGUCCAUCACAGUGACAGUUAACAUCAGACACACUCCAUGGCUUCUCACGGCGAACAUCACCACCACCACCAUCAUGGUCAUGGUCAUGAUCACGAUCACGAACAUGAUCAUGACGGUGAAAAGGGAGAGGGGAAGUCAUGGGUAGGCAAGGAUGGUAGGGUGUACCACAGCCAUGAUGGUCUGGCGCCUCAUUCUCACGAGCCCAUCUACUCUCCUGGCUUCUUCAGCAGAAGAGCCCCUCCUCUUAACAGGAAUUUCAACGAAAGAGCCUUCACUGUCGGAAUUGGUGGACCUGUCGGCACUGGGAAAACAGCUCUCAUGUUGGCCCUUUGUGAAUUCCUUCGGGAUAACUACAGUCUCGCUGCUGUGACUAAUGAUAUAUUCACCAAAGAGGAUGGUGAGUUCUUGGUGAGGCACAAAGCUCUUCCAGAAGAAAGGAUACGCGCUGUGGAAACUGGGGGCUGCCCACAUGCUGCCAUUCGGGAAGACAUUAGUAUUAAUCUUGGACCUCUGGAGGAGCUUUCUAACCUCUUCAAAGCAGACAUACUUCUUUGUGAAUCUGGGGGAGAUAACCUGGCUGCCAAUUUCAGCAGGGAAUUGGCUGACUACAUAAUUUACAUAAUAGAUGUAUCUGGUGGUGAUAAAAUUCCUAGGAAAGGUGGUCCUGGAAUCACACAAGCCGAUCUGCUUGUGAUAAACAAGACUGACCUUGCUCCGGCAAUUGGGGCUGAUUUAGCAGUGAUGCAGCGGGAUGCUUUGCGGAUGAGAGAUGGAGGACCAUUUGUCUUUGCACAGGUAAAGCAUAAGGUUGGAGUAGAAGAAAUUGUGAAUCAUGUCUUACAGGCGUGGGAAGCAACGACAGGGAAUAAACGUCAUUAACGUGUCUUUCUAAAAUGGUUUUCUUUCUGUCGCAUAUUCUGAUAGCAUGUCGAGAAACAACUUUCCGAACAUUCUUGUUCCUGCAUGUUACCAUAACAAUUUCAUCAAAGUGUUACUGCUUGGACCUAAUUAAUCUUUGUUACUGUCGUCAAAUGGAUUGUUGUUGUUUAAGAGUUACACAAAUGUCAAACAAUGUGGAAGUUGAACAU